CUACAGAGUGCUCACAUUUAAACAGAGGAACAAGGCAUCAGCUCUGGAGGACGGUGGCUGCAGAGAAGCGAAAAUGUUCAACAGCGGUCGAGCCAUUUCCGCAGCCAUGACUGCGGCAUCGCCAGAAGUGAAGGAGCUAGAUAGCGGCGUGGGAUCGCACGAAAUGGAUGUACAUACACACAGGCACAGUACGUUGGCGGCACGCACUCUCGCCCCCAGUCGACCGAGCUCUCGCAGGCUGGCGCCCACAUACAAUCUGGAUGGGCCAACCGUGGCCCAGCUCUCAUUUGACCUCGCUCCCACUCCUCUCACACGGAUAUAUAGAGCCUUCUGCACGUCGCCGAUCCCUGGACAUUCCCACCGCCACCUUUCCUCCUGCUGGACGCCUACCCCCCUCCCUCUUACCGCUGCUGCAGAUCAGCUUGCGUAUACAGGGCCCAUCCCUUCCCUCGUGUCUCGCUUGGAACACUCUGCCAGGAGACGACGCGAUUACUCUUGAGAGGCCAGAACUCCGCCCCGGGAAGACGCUGCUCACUGGACGGUGGCUUGGUAAAAAAUAUUCGCAACUCUCCCAGAUCCGCUUUUCAUCCUGCCGACAAUCAAACGCGCCUUGUGGGGAAGCACUAACGUCUUCCACUCCCGCGCAUCUCGGCUCUCGCCCAGCAUCGCAAGUCCCCCAGCGAGAUACCCACCGAAAGGACAUCUCUUGAUUUAAUCUAAUUCAAUCGGCCCCGCCUUAUCAGCCGAUUCUUACCCGCUACAUACACCAACAUGGGCUUCUUUCGCGACUUUGCCGACUCAUUCCGCCU